GCAUUCUCUAUAAUAACGGAACAGUAUGCCGCAUAUCGCAUCAUUUCAUAGUGCAACCUGUCGACAAUCGGACGCAUCUUUGUAUCGCAAUGGAACGCUGGGCAGGAAAAGUGGCCGUUGUGACCGGUGCGAGUUCCGGAAUUGGUGCCGCGACAGUAAAGGAACUUGUGAAGGCUGGAAUGGUCGUUAUCGGUUUGGCUCGCCGGGCGGAACGUGUUGAAGCGCUGAAAUCGGAACUGGGUGGAUCUGCCAGGAAUCGUUUGCACGCCAUGAAAUGUGACGUGUCGAAGGAAGAGGAAAUUUUGCGGACCUUCCAGUCGAUAGAGCAAAAGUUCGGUGGAGUGGAUGUGUUGAUCAACAACGCUGGCAUCACCCGACAGACGAAUCUGAUUGCGGCCGGAAAUACGAAUAUGCUGCGCGAGGUCAUCGAUACCAAUGUGAUGGGGCUGGUGAUGUGUAGUCGUGAAGCAUUCCAAUCCAUGAAGAAGCGUUCUGUCGAUGGUCACAUUGUACACAUCAAUAGUAUUGCUGGGCAUCAUGUUCCACCUAUAAUACCACAUAUGAAUAUUUAUCCAGCUUCCAAGUUUGCUGUCACAGCAAUAGCCGAAACAAUGCGGCAUGAGUUGAGAACGGAAGGUACCAAGAUAAAGGUUACGAGCAUCAGUCCAGGCGUUGUUCAAACUGAAAUUCUACCACAAGAAGUGUUAUCCCAAAACAUGCCAAUGCUGGAGGCUGUGGAUAUUGCGAACGCUAUUCUGUAUGUGUUGGGAACACCUCCAAGAGUGCAAGUUCAUGAGCUGACCAUCAAGCCAGUUGGAGAAACUUUCUGAAUGCACAACGAUUGCAACAAAUUCAUGUACGGAAGCAUUUUCGCAUGUUCAAUAGUUCACAUAUCUCACAAAUUAAAUAAACACGUGAAAACAUA